AUGUCCGCCCCUGAUUCUUCCGCCCGCUUGCUCCUGGCGUCUCUCAACCACGUUCCGCGGGCUGAAGUCGCGGCGUACGUCGCAGAUAUGUAUAUCGAGAGUGCCGACAAGGUCAGGUUCCUGGUGGGUUGGUACGGAGGGCACGCGCCCUUUCAAAUAUACGUUUCAUCAGCGGCGCUCCGGGCGUCUUCAAACCUCUUUGCAACAGACGGAGCUCGCAGCACCAACGGGCCCGCGACUGUCUCGCCCUACAGCUUCCACUUUCACGAGGUGGAUGGCCAGGCGGCCGUGGUGUUCGGGUUGUGGCUGGGCUUACACACCGCCAACUACAACGAGAGCGUCUACGACUCCUUCGACGGCGUGAUCCGCUUCAAGUUCGAGCGUUCCCCGGGCCUGCUCGCCGACUGCUGGAAAAUAGCGGAAGACUUCGAGUCUCAGCCGUUCAAAAACUACCUCAUCACCACCAUCAUCGACAUGGCCGAUGACGACUUUGAGGUGCUCAUUGGAGAAGCGGAGCGUUUCGCGCGGCGCGGCUACGACGGCACCGGCAUUGUCGGCGCCUUGAUCGAGAACAUGGCCUUCGUGUACGUCGAACACGACCUGAACUUCACCGACAUGCUCCGAGACUGGAUGCGUCGCCACGACCUCAUGAGUUGUGGGCCUAUUCUCCUCAACGACUUUCUUUAUGCGGUCGAAGAACUGGCGGGCCUCGAGUCCCGAGGCUUGCCGUACCAUCCGCUCCAGCGCAUCUGCGUGAAGUGGCACAAGCACCGAAACAUGGAGGAGCGAAUGGGGUGUCACGACUUUGACGCAUACAAUGACAUCAUCCUUGACCAGAGUGACCAUGGGGAUAACGGUGAUGACCAUCACGAUGGCCAUGACGAGAAUGGUGAUGACGAUAGUGAAUCUGGUGGGAGUGAGAGUGGCCCUAACGAGGAGAGAGGCGACGACGACAACGAUGACACCGAUGACAAUGACGACGGUGGCGACAAUGGUGACGGUCAAGAUCAAGAUCAAGAGGAGGAGGCAGGUAACGACGAACCCAACUCCGGUCCCAGCGGUGGCCACCAGAGCAAGAAAGCUCUGAAGAAGCCGAGAUACUACGAAGCAUGGGAGCUGGACGCACAGAAGCUACAUGAAGCUCGUCGUCGCGUUCGAGAAGCCGCUGAAAAAGAGAAGAAACGAAAUGCCGAGGCGGCGGGGCUUGAUGAUGAUAAUGACGGCAAGGGCAAGGGCAAGAAGAAGGAGAAGUAG